UGAGUGAUUUUGUCAUGCAAUCCAAUUUAAUAAGGAGCAUUAUUAUAAUAAAAAAAAAUGUAUUAGAUGUUAAGAUUGUAUACAUAAUAGAGCAACAUAGCAAGGCUUAGACUCACCCCAUAAUGAUACAUUACUAAAUUAUAAAAUUUAUAAUCUUUGUUGAGUUUGUUCACUUUCCCCCCAAUUCUCAUAUUAUCAAAUUUCAAAUUUUAUGUUUUUUCAUUCUAUUAAUUUACUAGUUGUUAAUUCAAUAAUUAACCAUUUAACCCAUAAACAAAAUCAAGCAUGCAUACACUAGUCUAAACAAAUUUAUAUCUGCCCUCAAAAAAAAAAAUAAAAUUAUAUCAAAUAAGGGCAAUAAUAUUCCAACUAAAAAUUAUUUAUCGUUGUCCCACCUAUCAAUUCUCUAUCUUUAUCAGUUUAUCCUCUCUUCUUCUCCUUUUUAUUUCAUAAUUGCUAAAUAUAAGUGUAAGUGUGUAACCUCUCUUUACUUACCGCAACCUAAAAAAAACCAAUAUUACCCCUUUCCCCUUUUGUUAACCAAUUUAGAUCAGGCAUGGGGCCAUGGCCCUAGGCCUUAGCUCAGGAAAUUUGUGAGAGAGACUUAAAAUUGGGGAAUUAAAAAAAAAAAAAUCCCAAAUUGAAUUAGGGUUUAUGCUAGACUUCCAUUUUCCAGUAAAAAAAAUCAUCUUUUUCAUUCAAACUCUCCGAAACCCUAACACAAUUUUCCCUCUAAUCACCAAAAUUUCUGGGUUUUCUCCAUCGAAAUGAUUGCAUAAUGAAGCAAUCAAAGCGGCGUCAUGGCCGCGAUCGAUCUCCAUCACCACCAUCAUCGAAGAAGCACCACCAUAUUCACGGCAAAAGCCCUCAACGCCAAAUUCAUGAUCUGGGUAAGCAUCGCCCAGCUUUUAUUUCGUAUCUUGAAUCCCCAAAUUUACCCCCAAAAAUCAAAUUAAUAUGUGAAAUUGUAGCUAGUACCCCACCUUUAUCAGUUGCGAAAGUUCUAGAUGAUAAUGGUAUUAGGGUAACUCGGGAAGAUGUUGAACAAGUUCUUAAAUUGUCAUAUGGUUAUCCUGCUGCUGCUGUGAAGUUCUUUAGGUGGGCAGGACACCAAUUGAAUGAUAGACAUAGCCCUUAUGCUUGGAAUUUAGUUGUUGAUUUGUUAGGGAAGAAUUCAUUGUUUGAUGCAAUGUGGGAUGCAAUUAAGUCUAUGAAGGAAGAAGGGAUUCUUUCUCUUGCGACUUUUGCAUCGGUUUUUAGUAGUUAUGUGUUAGGGAAUCGAGUUGAUGAGGCGUUUAUGACGUUCGAGGUUAUGGAUCAGUAUGGUGUUCCUAGGGACAUUGUGGCGUUGAAUUCGCUAUUGAGUGCGAUUUGUAGGGAAGGGAAGACGGAGAAAGCAGAUGAGUUUUUGAGGAUUGCUAAGGAUAAGAUUAGGUUGGAUGCUGAUUCGUUUGCUAUUUUGUUGGAGGGGUGGGAGAAUGAAGGGAAUGUAGCUGGUGCGAAGAGGACUUUUGGAGAGAUGGUGGAGGAGAUUGGUUGGGACCCUAGGAAUGUGCCGGCUUAUGACUUGUUUUUGUGCACAUUGAUUAAGGCUCCAAGUGGAUUUCAUGAAGCUUUGAAGUUCUUGAACACCAUGAAGGAGAGGAGGUGUUCCCCUGGAAUGAAGUUUUUUGGGGUUGCCUUGGAGGAUUGUGUGAGGAAGAGUGAUGCCCGAGGAGCUUCCUUGCUGUGGGAAGCGAUGACAGUGAGGAGCGAUUUCAGGCCUGAUACUCAAAUGUACAAUAUGAUGAUUUCAUUGCAUUCUCAUCUUGCUAAUUUUGAUAUAGCUAGGAGGUAUUUGGAUGAGAUGGUUUAUGAUGGUGUAUUUCCAGAUUCAAAGAGUUAUAAUACUUUGUUUCAAUACUUAGUUAAAAGUCGUAAGCUUGAUGAGCUUUCAUCUGUAUUUACCGAGAUGGUGAAGAAUGAAUUUUUACCAACCCAAGCUAAUUGCACUGCUGCUAUUAGUCUUUACUUAGACUCUGGGGAUCCAUACAUGGCUAUUAAGGUCUGGAAAUUCAUGGUUGAUAAUUAUCAGUCUGAGUUGGAAGAGACUGGCAAUUUCUUGGUUUUAGGGCUUCGUGACUGCAAUAGAGUUCAAGAGGCAGUUAAGUAUGCUGAAGACAUGAUUGAACGGAAGAUAAAGCUGAGUUCCUUUACACUGUCUAAAUUGAAACAAAACCUAGCAAAGGCAGGAAAAGGUCCUGUAUAUGAUGAACUAUUUAGGAAGUGGAAACUUCGUUAGGUUUGCUUUAUCACUCUCCAGUCUUCCUAUGUCAUUUCCAGAUUUCAAACAGCCUCUCUGUUGCAAGGGUGUGGACUGUGUUCCCCUUACCUUGACACAAGUGGGAGCCUUUAGAAGCAUUGGCAUAAUUUUGAUCUGCCGUUGUGAUGUUAUACUAAGUCAGGGAUACUCGCUGAGUCGCUGUUCUGGGGUAACAAGGAUAGCAGUCAACAUUAUAAUCAUAAAAUCUAAACACUAAUUUGUUUCCCUUUUUAAAAAUGUUUCUGAAGGCACGCCCUGUACUCAGUAGCCAGAACUGUACAAUUGAUCUUAUGAAUUAUGAUGGUUUUUUUCCUCCUUCUGUAAAUAAGGGAGAAAUUACUUAUGUUCGUUUUUAUCCAUAUUUCUUUUUCA